UUCCCUGAACUAUGCCUGCCAGGCAGAAGGCGGCGACGGAAACUUUAUAAAUAUGUAUAUCAUAAAUAUGUAUACAGGGGUGGCGCCAUUCCUGUGGCUCAGCGAACCAAAGUAGCAUUUCACACGAAGAAGAUGCAGGAGGACGAUGGCACCCGAAAGCAGCGACGGUCUGGCUUCAUGCGGCUGUAAAGGUAUCCGACGGUGUCUCCUAUGUGAAGGUUUCGAGGAGAAAGCUCAGGUCGAUGCGAGUGAAUCAAAGCUCGUGCAUCAUUUCCUCUACAAUCCUGAGUCGGAGCUCGCUGUCUGCAAAGAUGCGGAGGCUGUCACCUUCCCUUUUCCUGGUGUCCUGGUGUGGGAGGACUUUAUUUCAGUGGAGGAGGAAAUGGAGCUGAUUAGCUCAAUGGACCAGGAUAUGUGGAAUCAGUCCCAGUCUGGGCGAAGGAAACAGGACUUUGGCCCAAAGGUGAACUUUAAAAAAAAGAAAGUGCGCGUCGGUGCCUUCAGCGGACUUCCUGCCUUGAGCCAAAACCUGGUACUCCGGAUGCAGCAGGACCCACGCCUGGCCGACUUUCAGCCUGUGGAACAGUGCAACCUGGACUACCAUCCCCAGCGUGGCUCGGCCAUCGACCCCCACCUGGAUGACUCCUGGCUGUGGGGGGAGCGGCUGGUCACCCUCAACAUGCUGUCGGACACCACUCUCACCAUGUCCCUGGAGCAGGGCCUGCCAGGGCUGGGGCUGGCGGGGGAGGUCCGAGUGUCCGUGCGUCUUCCUCGCAGAGCUCUGGUCGUGCUGCACGGCGAGGCGAGGCACCGAUGGAAACAUGCCAUCCACAGAGAGGAUAUCCGCGCACGCAGGGUCUGCAGCACGUACAGGGAGCUGUCGGCAGAAUUCCUCACCGGGGGGCAGCGGGCAGAGCUGGGAGCUCAGCUGCUGGGCACUGCUUUGAGCUUUCAGGGGGCUCCCGUGUAAUCUAAUCAGAUGCGUGCACACUGCUUGAGCCUCAAAAACUAGGCCAAGUCUUCAAGUUUGUGGACGCGUCUGUUUUUUUUUGGACUGAAGGUUUGCUGGCUGGAAUUUACAGCCUAUAUACACCGGUUCUUAAACACAAAUAGUUUGGUCUGUACUUGAUGUUGCAAAUCACUGUACAAUCAGAAAUCCUGUAAAUAUAUAUUUGUACAGAAAGGUUUCUUUCAAAUAUUUUGAUACCAAAACAGGUUUAUCUUACGCCUGUGUAAUUCUAACUAUUGGAGAACCUCUGAUUGGCCUGAUAUGAGGCUUAUUGUCACCUAAAAGGCAAACCAGAGCCACCCUGAUUUACUUUUUGGUGUCAUUUCCUACUCUGUCAUUCUUGAUACACCCUGCAGAUGCCAAUAAACUAAUGAGUUUUAGUUUUGGGGGCUCUUACACUCCAAACUGCCAAUCUGUUGCAGGGCACAUCUGGAGCAAUCAGUAACAUCUGUUUCCACAUGUAAUUCUGGCAUUGAACAUCAGUCUGGUACGUAAGAGCCCUAAGGCCCCGCUCACUUUUUUGGCCGAUAGGCAUUCUGGGAGAUUUGAUGGCAGAUACAUCCUUGAUACAAUCUCAGUUCCAGAUUACCAUAAAUCACAUUAACUGUAAAGGCUUUGACAGAUAUUUCCAGAUGUUUUAAAACAGAUGGAGAAGCUAUCAGCACAAAUAAAGAAAGUUCUUACUUAUGUUUUUAAAGAGUGAUGUAAUUUAAUUUCCAUCUAUCUGGCAGCUAUGGCUCAUCUUUCAGGUGUCCUAAAAGUAAAACUUGCACGCUAACAAACCAGAGCUUACCUUUUGAUUGCCGUUUUGCUUGAGUCAUCUGGAGCUUUUGAGGAACAUCCACCACAGUCAACAACGAUUCACCUGUCCAAGAAGUGCCCCUCCCUCUUCUGCUGGACAGUGUCUGGAGCUCAUUUGUGAUGAUCACCAUGUCAGAGCAGGGCCUUGAAAUUCAGAACUGAAAUAAUUUAUUUUACCAACAGGUUCAAUACUUGUGUGUAAUAUUGCAGAGAUUUUUCAAAAAGUUUUACGUAAUCCAAUAUAAUUAUGUGAUUUAAGAAUAAAAGCAAGUAAUGACAUCUAAAACAUGGAUGUCAAAUUUGGUAAUGAAAGCGUUACGCAUUUGAGAUCCCUUCCAGUGUUAUUUAUUGAAUGAAAAUGUUAUUAUAUUUUGUUACAAUAUAUUGUAAUUUCGUGGAACAUUUCUUGAAUAAAUCUUCUGCAAUGAGAUG